AUGAACGGGGUGGUCAGGGAGCUUCCGGUUCUGGCUCUGUCUACGUCCUCAUCGUCCUCGGAGGGCGAGGAGGAUAUGUGCCCCCUUACGCCGGUGGACCCGCCAGCGCCGUUGCUGAUCGGAAGGUACAUUCGAAAUAAGAGGUUGUCGAAGCAGCUGUCGAUGAGGGAGACGAGGAGAGAGGCCAUCUGGGAGAAGCGAAGGAAGCAGAUCCUCGAGCAGUCGACGCUAGGUGCUGGGCCGGGGGACGAAUGCGAAGAAGAAGGAGAAAUCGGUAUCGAUGGAAAACGUAUUGCGCGGGGGAGGAGCCUGACGGACGAGGACCUCGACGAUCUCAGGGGUUCCAUCGAACUGGGUUUUGGGUUUAGCGAGGAGGCCGGCAGCCGCAACCUUUGUCACAUGCUGCCGGCACUCGACCUCUAUUUCGCGGUUAAUAAGCAGAUUUCCGACUCCAGGCUUUUGCUCUCGCCCAGCCCAGUCUCAACCCCUAGCACUGCUGGCGGCGGCUCCUCUUCAUCCCUCCUCGAGAGCCCCAGCCCCCGCAGCCCGUUCUACCACGCCGCCUGCUCGCCAUCGUUGAAGAUCUUCAGCCCAGGUAGUGUAAUGUGGUGCAAUAUCAUGCCGUUUCUUUGAGCUUUCGAUUUUGCUCUUAUUUGCGCAUCAUCCAUCGUUAUUAUCAUCAUCAUCUACACAUUCAUGCAUAAAACCCCACUCCAUCGGCGGAAGAGGGGGUGGGUGGUCUUAUAAUUUCUGGUCAUUGGACGGGUGGCAGAAGACAUCUCCGAUAUCCGUCUCUGUACCCACUCUGGCAUCGUGUCUUCACGGCGGAAACCAGCCGUCCAGGACGGCAAGGACGGGGGAGCAGGUGGGCUUCAUCCUCAGCCGAAAUGUGUGAAGCGAACGCUGGCUCUAAACAGAGGGAGGGGGAGAGAUGAAGGUGGCAAGUGAUAGGUAGGACUCGUCAGUUAGUCGUUCCCCACUUCACUAACAGGGACAGGCGGAGCACAGUAUCAGCCAGUCUUCGAAGUAUCCGUAUCAAUCCUUCCGCCCUUCCCCGCGUUCUCCUCUUUGUAUCAGUCAACACAGGCAGGCCUACAGUCCCCUGGCCGACGGGACAACAUCGGCCUUUGUGGCACCCGCCCACGUGUCCCCGGAUAAUCAAAAGCACGCCUUCCAUUGGACAUCCCGAUUUGCUGGGUCCCCUAUCCAGUAACCCCUUUCCUUUAUCCUCCUCCCGCCGUUGAAAUAUCUCUCAGUACCCCCUCGUCACAUACUGCCAGCUCGUCCGGUACAGUAGUAGUCUGCCGCGCUCCUGUCGGGGCAACAAGCCAUCAUCCAUUCUGUCCCCUCUUCCCUGCUUCUUCGGGUGGGUUUUCGUGAGGUGGAAGAAAGGUCUUCCUCACAAGUCAAAAGUUUCACGAGACGGUGGGUGCAUGCACGUCCAUUUCAAUUUCAUGGGGGGCCCCUUCUAGACUCGUCUCAUCGAAUUUUUCCUCUCCUUGCAAAUGAUAUUGUAGCUGACGGCGGCUGGUCCGCUCUCUUUCGUGGACAGGAGACGGGCCGAAGCAAGUGAAGACGAAGCUGAGGCACUGGGCGCAGGCCGUGGCUUGCGCGAUGAUGCAGCAAGAACGGAUCGGAACCCCCAGGGGGGCCUCCGGCGGGAAGGAAUGA